UACUCAAUCAUGAGUAAACUGGGCUUGUUUACGGGGCUCCUUCUGCUGUUUGCGGCAGUGUUCUACGGGCGGCAGGAGUGGAGCCGAGUCGCACGAGAAGCCGUCCACCGGAAGUUGGUGAGGAGUACUGACACGCUCCGGGAGAUACAGGAGCACGCCAAGGAAUUCAACAGGAAGGAAAUAAUCAAGGCUACGGACUCCAUCUAUGUUGGACUCGGGUACGCACUCGCCAACUCGAUCAUGUUGGUCGGUCCAUCCGGGCUUGUGAUCGUGGAUGUCACGGAAACGCUGACAGGAGCUCGGGAAAUCUUCGACGAGUUCCGGAAGAUCUCGGACAAGCCCGUCACUGACAUCAUAUAUACGCACAAUCACGCUGACCACGUAAACGGCGCCACAGCGUUCGUUGAAGACGAUUUGCAUCCACCGAAUGUUUGGGCCCAUGAGUCAAUCAAGAAAGGGUUUGAAGUUCUAUUUACUGGAGCCAGUGACGCCCACUUUGCGCGGGCCAUGCGGCAGUUCGGCGUGUUUCUUCCAGAAAAGGUGUCCGCGGGAAUCGGUCACCGUCUGAAGUACGGGGUUGAGAACACCGAUAUCGGUCCUAUAUUCCCGACCAAGUUUGUCCCUGGAAAUGAAUUGGACGUUAAGCUUGGGGGACUUGAUUUGAAAAUCGUGCACAUUCCCGGUGAAACUGACGACCAGAUCGGAGUGUGGGUGCCUAGCGAGCGGGCCUUCCUGUGCGCAGAUGACCUGUACCGGGCGUUCCCCAACCUAUACGCGAUUAGGGGCACCAAGACGCGUUCCUUGCUCACGUGGGUUCGUUCCCUGGACAAGAUAAUAGACCUGGAACCGGACAUCCUGAUUCCCAGCCACACUCGGCCCGUUACCGGCCACGACACCGUCAUGAAGGUCCUCACUGAGUACCGAGACGCCAUCCAGUUCAUCCACGACCAAUCACUGCGGUUGACGAAUUAUGGCUACCAUCCAGAUGAAAUCGCUAACAUGGUCAAACUUCCUGUAAAACUUGCCAGCAGCCCUUUUUUGAAGGAAUUCUAUGGUUCGGUGAAAUGGUCGGCCAAGUCUGUGUUUACGGAGCAUGAGGGUUGGUUUAGUGGGGACCCCGUUGACCUGGACCCACUCACAAGGGAUGAAAAAGCUCAAAAGAUGGUAGAGUUGGUCGGCGCUGAAACAUUGAUUGAAAAGGCUAAAACGGCUCUUCAAAACAACGAUUUUCAAUGGGCGUUGGAACUGUCUUCGUACGUAGCUAGGUUGGAUGCAGGGAAUAAUGUCGCUAAAGACAUUCAGGUAGAAUCUCUAACGGAACUAGGGUCUAGGCAGUUAAGUAACAACGGUAGAAAUUACUAUCUUACCUGUGCAAUGGAAAUAGCGACAGGACUCAAACUCACUUCCCCACAAGGAUCCAAAGCUGAAUUUAUCAAUGCAUUUCCUAUUGACUACGUAAUCGAUACACUUCCGCGUCUUUUUAAACCGGAAGAGUGUGAAGACAGAAACGAGACCAUUGUGUUUGAGUUCUCGGACCCUCCCUCUAUACAUUCCAUUCAGCUAAGGAACGGUGUGGCCAUCUCCAGACACAAAGAGCCGAAACACUGUGACAUCCGUGUGAAGGUUAACGAGGCGGUCUUGAAAGAAGUGGUGGCCAAGACCCGUAGCUCCGCGGCUGCCCUCCUCUCCGGGGAUAUAUCGGUGGAAGGAGGGGUACUUGCGUUCAAGUCGUUUAUGGACUGCUUUGACAGAGACUCUCAUUUCACAUUACGUUGAGAAUAGUUUAUUUUAGUGCAGUUUUAUGUUCAUGUAAAAUACAUGUAAUGUUUUACAUGUAUUUAAGGCAUACCUGUGAUAGUAACAGUAUAUAGAUGAAUAAGUUAAAAGCAUUCGUAUUUUAUUCACCGUGUUCAAGUGUAAGUACGCGACGAUGGUGAUCUCGCAUACGUACAACAUGUAUGCAUCUAAUUUCUGUAGUAAAUUACUAAAAUUGUUUAUAUAUUAAUUGUGUUAAAAUGUAUUUGUUAAGUACAUAAUAAUAUAUAUGGUUGUCAAGGACAACCUUCAUCCUCGUGUCAUUCAGUGUAUCCAAGACCUUUCCCGUUUGAAGAUAUUCGAGCAAACCAUUACAGUUUACUUAAACAUGAAAACAACUCGUCCGUUUAACCCUGUUUUUUCACGAACACAAGCUGCAAUCGUGCAUCUAAAUAUACAGACCACUGUUCUCCAACAAUUACAGACUAACCAGGAGAACUUGUUCAGUGAAUACAUAUUUAUUGUAAACAUAGGAUUGUUUAUGUGGCAAAAUACGUAUCAAAUGCGUAGGUGUACCUUUUUAUUCAAACUCAGCGUAUAAAGAUAACAAAAGCAGUCAACGGAAGUAAAUGUAUACAAAUCAAUUCAUCUGUUUAUAUAUGUCCGUAACAUAAUAAAUGAAUGCAAAUAUAUAUAUAUAUAUAUAUAUAUAUAAAACAGUGUGUGAAUAAUAUGUGUGCAUGUGUAACAGUUUAAACUCUUCAUAUCACAUGUGACGAUUAAAGUCGU